AUGCUCGGGAUUCUCAAGUUUCAGACAUUUCUCCUGGUGGUGCUGCUGUUCAUCUGCUCCUGCACAUACCUCCACGGUGUCUUCCCAAGAUGGCUCGACGCCAACAAGACUGGACCUCUCAGCACAUUCUGGCGCGCGGCUCGGGUGGGAGAGCGAUUGAGCCCAUAUGUCAGUUUAUGCUGUGUAGCCAUGGCAAUGAGCUUGUUACUGGGGCAAUAA